AUGCCUGUGGGCAUGAAAGAGCAAGCAGUGCAACACAUCACUAUUGGGUUAGAAACCAAAAUUACUAAUGUUGUAUUCACUGGAAACAUUGUCGAAAGCGUGACAACCGCGAUGACCGAGCAAAAGAAGGAGACUACUAAUGCUGCGCCAGAGAUCUAUAGCUUCAAUGAGGUGUACACUACUGAUACAGGACUUAUCAAUGGUGCACGCAAGGUAACAGUUGAGGAGAUGCCACCAGAGCAGAAUGUAACCUGUGGAAAACCCAGCAGUUUUUUCGAGAUAUUCGAAAAUGAGUCAGAGUCAAUCACUGCGGAACAAAUGAUGAGCAGUGAAAAGAAGCAGGCAAUGAGCAGUAAGAAAGAGCAAGCAGUGCAAUAUUUCACAACACAAACGCCAACUUUCGUUCGAAGCGACAAUUACGGUAAAGAUUUUAUUGAAAUGGAGCAGAGCGGCGCAACACAUAGAAUGAUUAUUACAAAGAAGUCGCCAAGGAAUGAUGUUACAAUCUCGGCAAAACUCGACAGUUCCGUAGGAGCAAUCUCCGCUGGAAUAGAUUAUGAUGAUGCUACGCGCGCGGUAAGCAAUGGAAAUGGGAGGACAGUCCGGAGCGUUACACAACAGAUUCCUACUUUGGAAGAGAAUUACUUUGGAACUACCGUUCCGGGCUCAGGAAAUAUGGAUGCUACACAAACGGGGAACUCAGCCGGAGAGCGAGCGAAGGAGAAUAUUGCUAUUAUUACUAAAACAAGAAACUCCACUGGAAAGGCUUCAAGUAAAGAAUCCAUCAUUGAAUUAAGUAGAACUAAUGCUAUACAUACGUUAGAAGAGGAAUAUUUCACUAUUUUGUUAAAAAUGGUAAGUUCGGAUGGGAAAGUUGCUCCCAAAGCGGAAUAUGCCUAUGAUGAAGAAAAUACCGAUGCUACACCUAAGGAAAACAGCUCGGGAAAGCAAACACAAACAAAGAACUAUGUCACUAUUUAUGAAGAGCCAGAAAUUGUCACUCCUGGAGGAGGAUAUGUCACUAAAUCAGAUAGUACCGAUCUAGCGGAAGAAAAAGCUGAAAAAAACGUAACGGUUUUAGUAGAAACAGGCAGCUCUUUAGGAAAUAUCACCACUGGGACAGGACAUAUCAAUUCGAUGUAUUUAGCAGAUAUUAUAAAUGAGCCAAAUGAGAGCACUAAAUAUCAGUUACCUACUACAGUAGAAAUGGCCAAAUCACCUCUUAUUCAGAAAGAUGAGAAUAUGGUUGGGAACAACAAAUACCAAACAAUAUCCUAUGGAGAGAUACUUUAUUCUGAGAAUAAAUUUACUACGACAGCAUACGAUACGGAUAUGCUUUCAUAUCGGUUCUCAAGUAGUUUUGCGAAUCUCAGUGCACUGCAGACCCAACGCAAUACUUACAUCAACGGUACAACAUGGGGAAAGGUCAUACUUGAUACGGAGAUGAAGCAGAAUGACACUUCACACACUUCAUCAGAGGACAGUAUGACGCAUUCCACAAACCCUUCUUCACUUCAGAACAUUGCCAAAUUAGAGCAAGAUAACGUUACGGAAGAAGAUAUAGUGAGUUAUAAUUACUGGAUAGAGAAAGAAAAAGUAAACACAGUUCAUAAAGGGGAAGAUUCGAUGAGAGCUCUAGCAACUAAAGAAAGUCUCGUCGCUUCGAAAUUGAAAGAAGGUGAAGCUAGUGAGCUAAACGUUUCAAAUAGUACUUAUUAUUCUGCGAGAGACACCACAUCAAAAGCAGGAAUUGAUGCUCAUUUUUCCAAACAGUACACCACCUCUAAAGAGUCCGUUGACAUGACGGAUGAGGGAAAAAAAACUACAGAGGAAAUAAACUUGGAGUUCCCUACAUUCACAGAGGAAACCGUUCCAGGUCGCAUAUCUUCGACGAUAUUCUAUACACCAUCAAUUGGUAAACCUGUCCAAGAAAGCAGCACAUCAAGCACUUUGACCGCUCAUAUCAAAUGCUCGCGUAACUGUAGCGCUGUUCAUCAUGCAUCUACAUGGGCCUUAACUAAACCCGCGAGCUUUUCUGCCACGCUGGAGCAAAAUGGAACCAAGUAUAGUACUGAUUCAAAAAUGGUCAAGGCAUCCUUUCAUCCAACUACUACGCAGCAUCAAUCCGCAGACGUUACAACAAGCUUGCAACCUUGUAGUGCUAAUAACAGUAGCGUCACAGCAAGUGUCAAACGAACAAGCACCAGCGCACCAACAAGUGCUUUGAAGUAUACUGAGACAACCAUCAAGGUUCAUUCGCAUGAUAUUUAUUGUGCCUCAAAAUUGGAAGUCCCGUAA